CUGCGACCAUGUGCAAGUAUCUGACCCCGGAAGGCCAGCGGCUGGUCGUCUUGGUGCCGCCGAAUUUCGCAUCGAAGACGUGCGUCCUCUCUCUUGCCGCCGUCGCUGCACUCCUCCUCGGCGUGCAUGCUCUGCAGGAGAUCACCAUUCCCGACACUCCGCCGGCCGCCGCAGCUCGGAGGAUUCGGCGGCGGGCCCGCGACGGCGUUCCAUCGCACAACCAGCGACUGCAGCAGCGCCCGCCGCGACAGGAGAGUGAGCCACUCCGCCGCCAGCUGCGGCGUGCUCGCGGCGGCGGCGGCGGCGGUGGGCGGAGAGGAGCCGUCGCCGCUCCUUCUACGGGCGCGAGCGGAGGCGCGGCCAGCGGCAACGGCGGUGGCGAGGCCUUCCCCAGCGUGCGGGUGGAGUAUGCGGAGGAGGAGGGGUACCACGCACAGGAUGGGCAGGACAAGUGGCUCGACGAGCACUUGUUUCGCGGGCGGCGCGGCGGCGUCUUUGUCGACAUCGGCUGCUACGACGGAGUCACGUACUCGAACACGCACUACUAUGAGGUGCGGCUCGGAUGGAGCGGCGUCUGCGCCGAGCCCAACCCCGAGGCGUGAACAGCCGCCGCUCCAACCCCACCCGCUCACGCCCCCACGCCGCCUCCUCGCCUGCAGCUGCGACAGCCACAGCCUUCUCGCGCGCCGCCGCCUAACGGAGGCGUCUCAAUGCGUGGAUGCUCUAGGUGUACCCGCGCAUCGCCGCCGCCGGCCGCUCCUCGGGCGCGCCGGUCGCAGUCUCGGACACAGCCGGCAUGCUCCCCUUCACCGCAGCCUUCAUGUUCUGCUCGCUCCGCCGCUGGCGC